UAAAAAGAUAUUGUGGCUGCAGCGGCUCGCGUGCUUAUUUUUUUGAAAUAAAAGAUAUUUUUUCUUUCCACGUAUUCUUCGAAUAUCGCCAAAUUUCUUCUUGCUUCAAAAAACCAGCAAAAGAAAAUUAAACCUUGAUUCAUUUAAAUUGUGUUUUCUCAAAUUCAUAUCCAAUAAAUUUAUAAUCAUGUAUACAUCGAAAAACAUUCCUUUCAUCAUAUUGUUCAUUCUGAUCAGUUGGACAUUAAUGGUCAGUCAGGCUGAUGAUCAAAAUCCAGAUAGAGCCAGAUUAUUGGCCGAAAAACAAGUGCUUAAUAAAUAUCUGGUCGAAAAUAAAGACAUUAUGAUCAAUUACAAUAUUUUCAAUGUUGGUUCAAGCUCAGCAAUAAAUGUUCAACUUUCCGAUAAUACCUUUUCAUUGGCUCAUUUUGAUAUUGUUGGUGGUUCAUUGAAAUUUCAAAUACCACGAAUUGCACCGCAAACAAAUACAACACAUACGGUUAUUGUACGACCAAAAGAAGGUAUCUGGGGUCGUUUUAAUUUUACUGCCGGUGAAUUAAUUUAUUCAACUGAAGGUAGUAGUGAAUUACAAUAUGGUUAUACAAGUGAACCAGGUGAAGGUUAUAUUGUUUCGCUCAAGGAAUUUGAUAAACGUUUUUCACCACAUUAUUAUGAUUGGGCAGCAUUUUUAGUAAUAUCGAUGGCAACCGUUUUGCUUCCAUAUCUUCUUUGGAAUGGUAGCAAAAAUAAAUAUGAAAAAUUAAGUGCUCGAAAAACAAAAUAAUUUCAAAUCAAUCAAAUUUCCAUUUUUUUAUUAUAAAAAUAUUGU